UUUUCAGCGGCACAUUGGGAAAUGGUCGCUGUCAAAAGAGAAUUUGAGCUCUCCCAUGUUUUCAAAGAUGUGUCGAAGCUGGAAGAUGGAAAUACUUUUUAUGGUCCUGAAGAAGAACAUUUCAAUGUUCAAUGGCGAAUAGUUCUCAUUCACCAAAAAGAAGACGUGGCUGUAUUUCUCCGGUAUCUGCACCCAAAAAAUGAGCAAGCUCCCUGGAAAAUCGACUCUGAAUUUACCUUGAAACUCUCUAAUUCUUCGGGAAAAUCUGUGACAAAAACCGGAAGUGACAUUUGGAAUUCAUAUGAUGCACUUGGAUUUUGCGAUGUUUUCGAGUGGGACUCAUUGCUGAAGGAUUAUCUAAUCGAUGACGUCAUCAUCAUUGAAGUUGCUGUUAAAAUCAAGAAUAUGUCUGGAAUUCCGAAGAAAAAGCUCAAAAGCUUCGAGAGAUCGAAUGAAGAAUUUUCAGAUGUGAUUUUGGCAGUUGGAGAUAAAAAGUUCUUCGUUCUCCGAAAAUUCCUGGCUUCCCACUCUACAUAUUUCGAGACUCUGCUGCUCGGAAAUUUUGCAGAAGCUGACAAAUCAGAAGUCAAACUCCAGGACAUCAAUUCCACCGAUUUUCAGAAUCUCAUGGAAGUUCGGUAUGGAGAAUAUGCUAUUGAUGAGGAAACAGUGGACGGAAUUCUGCACUUGGCUCACUUGUACGAUAUGCCGUUUCCGAUUAAAAGAUGUGAGGAAUUUCUUGUCGAUUCAUCUGAAAAAUCCACGAAGGAGAAGCUUAAAGUCGCCAAGAAGUAUCAGCUGGAGAAUUUGAAGGCGUCUUGUCUCGCAAAAAUCAAUACGUUGGAGGAGAUCAAAGCGGCAUUGGCUGGAGAUUUGGAUGAAAUGGAUCCAUCUGUGGUUCAUGCUCUUUUCCGUAAAUCGCUGGCUCUUCAUUGAUGUUCCAUUCUUUCUUCUUUUUAACUUUUUUUGUUGAAUGAUUCCUUAUUUUUAAUUUACGACAACUAAAAAUAUAAUACUUCCGACGAUUUUACUAGGUUUUCUUUUUUUCAGUGUUUUUUGAUGAUCGGUUUCUUAUCUUUUUGUGAAAUAAAAUUUUAAAUGAAUGAAUUGAGUUUUUAAA